AUGCCAUCAUGUCCAGAACCAGGAAUAUGUGUUGAAGAGUGCUCUGCAGAUGGGGACUGCCCAUUUGGUCAAAGAUGCUGCUUCAAUGGGUGUGGUCAUGAGUGCACUGGACCAAAACCAGGGAGCUGCCACAGUGUUCCAUCAACAUAUGUCUGUCAUACGUUAUGUGAUGAUGACUAUGAUUGUCCUGGGAUGAAGAAAUGCUGUUCUCACAGAUGUGGUCGUUACUGCAAAGAGCCCGUGUUCCUUCAAGCCGCCAUGAGUGCACGUACAGACUUUGCAAUAUGUAUUGAAGAGUGCAUUGAUGGUGACUGCCCAGAUGGAAGCUGUGGUCGUCUUUUGUCAACAUACGUCUGUCAUAAGUUCUGCGAUCAUGAUGCUGAUUGCCCCGGAAGAAAGAAGUGCUGUCCACAUAGAUGUGGUCGUUACUGCAAAGAACCUAUAAUUUUUGAAUGA